AAAGAAACGAUUGAGUUUUUUUCUCUCUCAAUCCAUACCAAUUUUCAGGUGAAGGAACUGCAGCGACUCGGGGAGAUCGAUCGUUUCUGGGAUGUUCUCGGAAUCCGGGUCGAGCUUCCGGGUCGGACCCAAUGGAUCUCUCCUUCCUGUGUCGGGCGGAGAUGCGGACAGAGGAGGAGAAACAACAGCGGCCGCCACCGCCGGCUCAGCCGCAGCAGGUAGUGAAGAAGAGUAAGAGAGGGCCCAGGUCUCGGAGCUCACAGUACAGAGGAGUCACUUUCUAUAGAAGAACUGAUUCCAAAAUUAGGCCAAUGAACUGCCGCAACUAUCAGAGUUAGAGGAGCAGUGAACGAAGCUCCAAGGUCGUACAAACGCUGCACCAGUUUCUUCUCCUUUAAUUCUGAUGUUCAAAUUUUCAAUCCAUGAUGUUCAACUUUCAUCGUAAGUACCACCUAUUUAGGCCCAAGUCAUUUCUAUUGCUACAGGUAUUCUUAUCUUCUCAAUAAUCAGAAACUAAUUAGAAAAACUACAGGUAUUCUUAUCUUCAGCGUUUGUACGUGCAUUUUGUAUUUUAUGCUUCAGAAGUCCUUUGAUUUAGAUGAUUUCUGGGUUAAUUUAAGCAUAUGGAUUCUGUUUUUUCUUUUGCUUGGUAAAUUUUGUUUAUUUUGCUUUAGAUGAUUCACAGUUCUUGCUUGGUUAAUUUAAGCAUAUGAAUUUUGUUCUGCUUCAACCAGAGACAUUUAUCAAUGAUACUACUCCGUAUUAUUGAAUUUUACAUCACGUAUGUCAUUGCUUGGCACUCGAAUUGUAUUUUGGUUCAUGCUAUUUUCUUGAAUUGCUCUGAUAUUGUCAAAUAAAGAAUAUUUCAAUAUAUACAAAACAAUUGGCAGGUAUCUCAUGAAUAAUAUCCCUUCAGAGAAGAGGCACAUGUUUCAUUUCUUUAAUUGCUUUUUCUUUCAAAAGCUUAUUGGUCUGGAUAAAGAUCCAUCUCAAGCUUGUGAAGGAAAGGCAGCCUUUCAGCGCAUUCACAUUUUGCAGAUGGACAAUGAAAAUUGAAAUUUUUAAAAAAGAUUACUUUUUUGUUUCAAUAAACUUCAGGUAGGAGAGCAGUUCAUACUUACCAUUAAAAUAUUUUAGCCUUCUUUUUUGUAAUUCUUAACCCUCUAUAGUAAGAUUUUUUUUAUUGUCAUCUUUCAUCCUGGCGAAGUGUCUAGCUAUCGAGGUCUGAUUGCUAACUUAUAAUUUCACUUUUAUCAAUUUUGCAUAAGAUGAUAUCUCCAAUAACAGAAACUCUUAAGCAGAUGAUGAAAUGAAGAAGAUAGCCCGGGCCCCAUGCAUUUUGCACAUGGAUUCUCUAAGAGGAAGCCAUAAGGGUCUCAAUAAUCUCUUUCAAAGGUUAUGCUUAGGCUGGGAUGCUUUAAGGAGAUUGCAAUGCAGAUGUUUCAAAGACGCAAAGUGAUUAGGCUAUAAAAGUUUUGAUUCUGUUUGCACUUGCUACAUGGAAGCCAAAGCCGCGUUGCUACUGAGGUGGUUCCUAGCCCUGAUUAUUCGGCCUAUUUGAUGUUUUGGGCGUUACUGUCUAUUCUUCCUUUUCAUGAACUUUGCAACUUUACCAAUUACACU